AUGUCGACUUCAGACCCCUUUUGUGAAUACACAUUUACCCAGGGCCUAUCCACCAGCAAGCACGGCCUAGCACACGUCCAUGCACAGCAGAUGACACUUCGUAUGAGGAGCAGACAAGCGCACGCUGAGACCCCCGAUUCCGGCACUCAAGAGCUGCAAUUAAACCUCGGCCCUAAGGCCCUUCCGAUCACGGCAUCCGUUCCUUCUGUUGCCUGCCUCAGCGGCCGAACGCCAUUGCUUCUGGAGGUAAAAAGAGGACGAGCAAAAUUUGGUUUUGCUAUCACUCCUCGUUCUAUCCUCGUCCCCUAUCCAUUUCCUAUCCUCCAUUCUCGCCCUCGUGCUAUCACAACUGCUGACAUGUUUAUAAUCCACAAGAGCUGUGUCCUUUUGGCGAAUGUACCGUGGCGUCAUCCCACCUGCUGUUGGCCUUGCUCCCCUCAUCUCUUUGACGAGCUGUACUAUGGUGCUACUGACGAUGCCGGCGAAAUGUCUGAGAAUGUACCAUGA